AUGCAAAUAAGUGUCUAGAAAUACCCUUUCUGAGUGAUCUAGAAAUACCUUUUCUGAGUGAUCUUUUUCAGUUAUUCAGUUGUCUAAAUAAUGUGAUGGUUCAUCUGACUAGUAUUUUGUGUGUCAGGUCGCAACGACCGUGAAUUCGCGGAGCGUCCCGCGUGGACUCAGUGGGACAGCACUUCGCGCGUCGUGCACUUCCGCCCUUGCAUCGUCCGCAAUAACGAACAAUCCCAUUGUAUCUGUUUGUGCUAUGAUUCGAGCAUAGUCCUUUGAUAUGUGCACUACUGAGUGAUCAAUACGCGGUUCAAUAUUGGGAUACAAUGUAGAAUUGUCAAUCCGGAAGAGGAAAAUGAAAGAGGGCGGUCGCGAGGAGGAGCCGACCAACGCGGCGGAUGUGGCACCGAGCAUGAGGACCGAACAUACUUGCUGCUGUCUCGGCGUGUUGGUGGGCGUCUCUCUCAUAGCCGCCCUCGUCGCUGUGAUUUUGAUGAAAGAUUCCACCGUCGAAAUCACAGUUCUACGGCAAGUUCAUGUGCUGAUGUCUCACGGCGAGCGCACGCCGGACGAGCGUGAACUGUCCAUGCUGGGGGCGCCCCCACCCGAUCACGUUUUCGUUCCUUACGGCGCAGGUGCCUUGACCAACGAAGGAAAAAUGUUGACUUACGAGAUGGGUGCUUUAUUAAGAAAAAGAUACAAUAAUUUCUUGGGGCCUUAUUAUGAAGCCGACAAGAGCAUGGUGAUAACUUCGGACACGAGUCUAAGUAAGAUGACAGCGCUUUUGAUAGCGGCGGGUCUCUGGCCUCCUACACAAGAUCAGAUGUGGAACGACACAUUUUGGUGGCAGCCUGUGCCGUACCAGUAUCCUUCCAAAGGCGAAGAUUAUUUGUUAUAUGAAGAGAACUGUCCGCGAUACAAUCAAGAGAAACAAAGGCUUUUGAAGGCAUUUAUAGAAGAGGGACUAUUAACGCCUUAUAGAGACCUGUUUCAUAAAAUUGCACAACUUACCGGUACUAAUUUUAGUACUCCGCAUGACGCCUAUCACUUGAACAACUUAUUUUUAAUUCAGGACGAUAUAAAAGUGGCGAAUCCUAAAUGGGCUAAGCAUGUCAAGAGAAAACUAAUGGACGUUGCAAGACUGGAGUACACUAUGAUGUUUCAUAAUAAUCUACUACGAAAAUUAAGUGGGGGUGCAUUAUUAUCCCAAAUAAUAAAAGAAGCGAUAUCAAAUACGCUAGAAGCGAGCACACCUACAGUGAUCGUACGCAUCGGCACGCCCGUGUCCGUUGCCGCAUUGCUAUCCGCGUGCGUCGCUCCCCCACCCCGCUUACCCGACCCGGGCGCAGCGUUACUGUUCGAGUUACACGAAAAGCUACCUUCGACGCAAGGAAAGAAGGAUCAAAUUGUAUUGUCGCAUGGACAGAAAUUCGGAUUUAAGAUCUAUUACUGGGACGACGACUCCGCAGAACCACGACUAAUGGAAGUGCCUGGAUGCAAUGCUUUCUGCCCGUUGGACACUUUCAAAGAAAUAACAAAGUCUAUCGUAUCGUACAAUUAUAAGACAGAUUGUAAACUUGUUCCUAUAACAUGAUAUAUGUGAUAACUUGUGUGCAAUAUUAUGAAUAUGUGAUUAAAUGUUUUAGUGCUUAAAACACCAAAUAUAUCGAAUAGACGAAUAGAGCACUUAUAAAUGAAAUAGAAGUUACAACACGUUGCUUAA